AUGUAUGCCUAUACUGGAAAUAAUGCUAGCACUCGGAAUCUCUUUCGUAUUUUCCCCUCUCCGGAUGAAUUCAGAAUUUCAUCCUCCUACAAUGCAACACAGUUAUGGUUUAAUCACUCUUGCAGUGAAUUUCAGGAAUUUAAAGACAGUUUGAAAGUUGAUACCAGGCCACCUCUAAGUGUGCAAACUGUGUCUCACAUUUCCUAUGGAAAUGCUGCAGAAAGUUCAAAAUCUCCUAUGAUAGUAACUACUAUCGAUGAUCUGUAUGAAAGAGCCGAGGAAGGCUACUACUGGGUUCCUGGAAGGAUUGUUACUGUGGAGAGUACUACAAAUUGGUAUUACCAUUCAUGCAGGAGUGAGGGAUGCUUUAGAAAAUUGCACUUGAAGAGUGGGGCUCUACAAUGCCUAUCAUGUGGCACAACAUGGCAGGAGGGAAACCUAAGGUACAGGCUGAUUGUGAGGGUAGGAGAUAAGACCACUGAUGCUCCUUUUCUGUUGUGGGACAAGGAGUGCUGCGAAAUUGUUGGAAAGACUGCACUUGAUCUAAGGAGCAAAUACUGUAAGGAUGGGUCUCCUCUCCCAACUGGUAUGGAAGAGGUCCGUAAUAAGGCUAUGGUCUUCAAGAUUUCUGCUAAGAAUGAUCACUUCAAGAAUAAAGCAAUAGUUAUACCUGUGGUUGCAAUAGCACAUGAUUCAGACUUAGUGGAUCAUUACUGCCCCUGUUUAAGUAAUGAUCAAGAUCAGCUAUCCAGGAUGCUAAAUGAAGAUGAUCAAGAUGCAGAGUCUGAUGAAUCUGAAUCGGGUGAUGAGGCAAGCAGUCCCAAUCCUACUCAGGCUAAGAAGCAAAAGCUGGAUGAACAAGAAGAGCCACUGGAGCCAGUGUCAUCAAAGAGGAACUUACUUGAUCAAUUUUCAUCCAGUAGAGAUGCAAAGAAAACAAAGACUGUUUUGGUUAAACAGGAGAAAAAAAAUGAUGGUACGGAAAUUGGAACAUUCAACACGCCGAAACGAAUUGCGAUUGGUGAGUGUUCAAUUGCAGUAGAAUUGUCAAGUGGUAGAUCUCAGCUUACAUGUGUCAAUGCAACACCUCAAAAUAAGAGCCGUCUGACUGGGACACAGUGUGGAGGUCUUUCAAAACAAUCUUUCAACGUAUACAAUGAAAAUGAUGGUACGGAAAUUGGAACAUUCAACACGCCGAAACGAAUUGCGAUUGGUGAGUGUUCAAUUGCAGUAGAAUUGUCAAGUGGUAGAUCUCAGCUUACAUGUGUCAAUGCAACACCUCAAAAUAAGAGCCGUCUGACUGGGACACAGUGUGGAGGUCUUUCAAGACAAUCUUUCAACGUAUACAAUGAAAAUGCAACAUUCAACACACCGAAUGUAACUUUUAUUGAUGUUCAAACAACAAGAUCGUGCGUUGUUGAUUACAAUACCUCAUCACCAAAGGUUUCAAUGCAACGUGGUUUGAUGUCAGCAUUUAAUAGUGUUGUCCAUGAUACACCAUCAAACUCUACAAAUGGAGAUGAUUAUUACAGUGAUCUUGGUGAUCAAACGUACUCGUGCGAUCACUGUGGAGCUAUGUUUUGGUUAGAGGAGCGAGUUAACAAAUCUAGCGGUGUUCGAAAUCCGAAAUAUUCUCUAUGCUGCAGUCAUGGCAAGAUAAAGUUGUCGCAUCCGAAUAUUCCACCUAUGGCAAUCAGGCAGUUGUUCUUUAACCAGGAUCAAAAGAGUACCCAUUUCUUGAAGAACAUUCGGUCCUUCAACAAUAUGUUUUGCUUUACUUCCAUGGGUGGAAAAAUUGACAGGACUGUCAACAAUGGUAGUGCACCCCCGACUUUCAGGUUACAUGGUCAAAACUUCCACUUAAUGGGUAGUUUACUACCACAAUCUGGUGAAAGACCAAAGUUUGCUCAAUUAUAUAUUUAUGAUACUCAAAAUGAGAUAGAAAAUCAUCUAAUUGUACUUGGGGUAGAUGAGUCAACAAAUACAAUGCAUCGUGAAAUUGUGAAAGACAUUAAGGAUGCACUGGAUGAAAAUAAUGUUUUGGUCAAGAGUUUUAGGAUGGCCAAAACAGAGAUGGAAAGUAAUCAUAGAGCUGAUAUUAAAAUCAAACUCAUUGGUAAAAGGAGCAAGGAUGCAAGGACAUAUAACUUGCCACAGGUUGGGGAGGUGGCGGCAUUGAUUGUUGGUGAUUUAGAUCCAAACAUGGGAGAAAGAUAUAUAUUGGUGGAGUCUAAAGCUGGUCAUUUUCAAAGAAUAACUGAAUUAAAUCCAGCAUAUUUCCCACUGCAGUACCCACUACUAUUUCCUUAUGGUGAAGACGGAUACAGAGACGAUAUACAGUUUAAUAAUGUUGAAGGCCGGAGUUCAAAUUCACGGAGUAAACUUAACCCAAGAGAGUAUUUUUCAUUCCGUUUGCAAGAUAGGUUCAAUGAAAUGUCAACAUUGCUAUAUGCUAGACAAUUGUUUCAACAAUAUUUAGUUGAUGCUUAUACCAUGAUAGAAUCAGGACGCUUGGUGUAUAUUAGGUGUCAUCAAAAGUCACUUCGGUGUGAAUCAUACAAAUGUUUGAUAGAUGCGUUAACACGUGGUGAGGUAGAUCCUACUUCCCAAGGAAAGCGCAUUAUUUUGCCAUCGAGUUUUACAGGAGGUGCAAGAUAUAUGGUGCAAAAUUACCAAGAUGCAAUGUCGAAUUGUAGAUGGAUCAGGAAACUCAAAGCUGAAGAUAGGCCAGAUAUAGUAUGCCGUGUGUUUAAAAUGAAAUUAAAUGCACUCAUAAAAGACAUUAAGAAGGAGAAGAUUUUUGGACUUGUGGAUGCAGUAAUUUACACCAUUGAAUUCCAGAAAAAGGGAUUGCCACAUGCUCACAUUUUGAUCUUCUUGAGCAAGAGUAACUCUUACCCUAAUCCUAAAGAUAUUGACAUGAUCAUAUCUGCUGAGAUUCCAAGUCAAUUGUGCGACCCUGAGUAUUAUAAAGCUGUAGAAGAAUUUAUGAUUCACAGUCCAUGUGGUGCAGCGAGGAAGAACUCACCUUGCAUGAUAAAUGGUAUUUGCUCUAAAUUCUUCCCCAAAAAAUUUGUUGAAAACUCAACAGUGGAUUUUGAUGGAUAUCCAAUCUAUCGGCGUCGAGAUAAUGGUCGUACAAUACGGAAGAAUGGGAUUGACCUUGAUAGUAGAUAUGUUGUGCCACACAAUAGACAUUUGCUUAUGAAGUACAAGGCUCAUAUUAAUGUGGAGUGGUGCAACCAAUCUAGAUCAAUAAAGUACUUAUUCAAGUACGUCAACAAAGGGAAUGAUAGGGUCACAGCUGAAUUCUACAACAGUGGGGUGGAAGAAUCUACUGGGAAAAUUGUAGAUGAAAUCAAGAUGUACUAUGACUGUAGAAAUAUUUCACCCCCUGAGGCUGCGUGGAGGAUUUUUGGGUUUGACAUACAAUUUAGGAACCCAUCUGUUGAGCGGUUGAGUUUCCAUCUUCCCAAUGAGCAAUCAAUAAUAUUUCAUGACGACGAUUUGGUCGAUGAUGUGGUAAAUCGACCAACAGUAGCUCAAAGCAUGUUUACUGCCUGGUUUGAGGCUAAUAAAAAGUACGCAGCAGGGAGGCAGUUGACUUAUUCACAAAUGCCAACCAAAUUUGUUUGGAAGAAUGAUAAAAGAGAAUGGCAACCUAGGCAAAGAAAUUGGGCAAUUGGGCGAAUCUUUUAUGUGCCACCAAAUAUUGGUGAGAUCUUUUAUCUUAGGUGUUUACUUAAUAUAGUUCGUGGACCGACUUCAUUUGAUGAGAUUAAAAAGGUCGAUGGUGUUCAAUACAAUUCAUUUAGAGAUGCGUGUUAUGCCCGCGGAUUAAUCGAAGAUGAUAAAGAUUCGAUGUCCAAACCAGAAAAUGUUUGGGAGAUGGUUUGGCAAUACUUAUCAGAUGAUGCUGAAUAUAUUUAUAGAAGGAACCUCUCAGUCUCAGAUUUAAAUAUGAAUGAAUCUCAAAAAAAGAAUUUUGCGCUGCUUGAAAUGGAGAAAUUGUUGAAUGCUUGGAACAAAUCUCUAUCAGAUUACCCACCUAUGCCAAUGUCAGAUGGAAACAAUGAUUGGUUUUGUGGUAACAGGUUGUUGUUAGAGGAAAUGUCAUAUGACAGGGAAGCUCUAAUGCAUCAACAUAAUUCGUUGCAUCCGAAACUAACUGAUGAACAGCUACUCAUAUACAAUAAGGUGAUGGGAGAUGUUGAAACUAAGAAAGGUGGAAUGUAUUUCGUAUAUGGUUACGGUGGAACAGGAAAAACAUUUUUGUGGAAGACAAUUUCAGCAGCUUUACGAUCCAAAGGCGAGGUCGUUCUAAACGUAGCAUCAAGCGGUAUAGCUUCGUUGCUGCUACCUGGAGGUAGGACUGCACACUCCAGGUUUGCGAUACCGCUUGGUGUUAAUGAAGACUCCACUUGCAACAUCAAGCAAGGCAGUCCACUUGCUGAAUUGAUAAUCAAAUCCAAAUUAAUAAUUUGGGAUGAAGCUCCGAUGAUGCACAAACAUUGCUUUGAAACAUUGGAUCGCACAAUGAGAGAUUUAAUGCGUUUCAAGAAUUCAAGGAGCUCAACAAUGACAUUUGGAGGGAAAACAGUGGUGUUGGGUGGAGACUUUAGACAAAUUCUACCCGUUAUUCUGAAAGGUACUAGACAAGAUAUAAUACAAGCCAGCAUUAAUUCAUCUUACUUGUGGAAUAAUUGUGAAGUUCUUCGUCUAACGAAGAAUUUAAGAUUGCGAGGUGUUACUAAUGAAGACGAUGUUGAGAAGUUAGAUAGUUUUGCCAAGUGGAUUGCGGAUUUAGGUGAUGGUAAUCUUGGUGAAGACAACGAUGUUGAUUGCAAUACAAUAAUGCCGUAUUCCAUUGUAUUAGAAAAUGAGGUUGAUCCUAUCAAACAAAUUGUUGAAAGCACAUUCCCUGAAUACCGUUCUGGGAACAUGGAUGAAACACAAUUAGAGAAUAGAGCUAUAUUAGCUCCAACAUUAGAUGUUGUUGACGAGGUCAAUGAAUACAUGAAUGGUAUUAAUCAAGCUGCAUCAAGGACAUAUUUGAGUUGUGAUUCUGUUUGCAAGGCUGAGGCAAACUUUGAUAUGCAAUCUCAGGUACACACAACAGAAUUUUUAAAUAGCUUGAGGUGCUCAGGUGUACCAAACCACUCUUUAACGCUAAAAAUGGGAACUCCAGUUAUGCUGUUGAGAAAUAUAGAUCACUCGAUGGGGUUGUGCAAUGGUACAAGGUUAAUAGUAACACAAUUGGGAAAUCAUGUUAUUGAGGGGAAAAUCAUAGCUGGCAAUAACGCAGUAUCUCGCGUCAGUAAUCCGGAUGGUCUUAAGGUCUUAAUUUGUGGGGAAUCUAGAGAUCUUAUAAACAAGACCCAAAAUGUAGUUUAUAAAGAAAUCUUUAAUAAUUUGUAA